AUGGCUUCCUCCUCUGAAUCCUCCGGGACCCCCUCUCCCUCUGGGUCGGUUCGGAUCAUCCGAGGCCCUGAAGACGGAAGAGCCCCCGGCCACAGCUCCACCGACUUUAAUACUCCCUCGACCGCUCCAGAAGAAUCGCUACAGGGCAGCAAGGACGACUUGUGUCUACCAAGCAUCGUGCCGACCCAAACACAUGACUCCGGCGACUGGGCUGAUCGGGACACGAUAGAUCCGGCGCUGAUUAGGUUCACGCUGGAUGAGCCCCACGCCCUCAAUCUACCCACAUCGGACAACCCGACAUCGAUAGACUUGUACAAGGAGGCCUGUAUAGAGCAGUCGCCCACGCCGUUCCACAGGUGGAUGAGGACGUUGCGGCGGCGUGGUCUCGGCCAGCCGGUUCUGGUCACAGACGACGACCUCGUGCCCAGGCCCUUCUCUGCGAACGGCUUGCCAGGCAGGCUCAAUGGCGGAGGCCAUCACCGCCAGUCAUCUUCUGGCUCGUCCUUUGGAUUUGUCGAGACCGUCAAGACGGCCAGCGCCAGCCUUGCGAGCGGUAGCAUUUUUGCUCGGUCCAGACGGACUAGCAUGCGGUCCUCCCGAUCUAAAACGCACACCGACCUCAGUAGCAGGGCAUCGAUGUCUAGUAACAGAUGUUCGGAGGACAGCGCUGGGUUAGAUAAGCCACAGGUCCUGGAUAGGGCGACAGUGGAGCGCUCGCUCCAAAGGCGUCGGAUUUUGGAAGAGCUCAUCAGCACAGAAGAAGGUUACAUUGGCGACGUGCGGUUCCUAAUGAAUGUCUACGUCACGAUACUUGUCUCACUGCCCACUAUGCCUUCGGGUCUGCGGUCCUCGAUUAAUCGCAAUCUGGCUGACAUUAUCGAGCUUCACGAAGAGCUCCUGGGGGAGCUGCAUCGAGCCGUUCCUUACUCAGAGUACACGCAGAUGAACAUUCCUCCACAUUCAAAACACCAUACUCAUGGCCACAAUCGGAUUCGGAGCUUGGAUGUCGUACCUGAGAAUAACGGAAGCAUGUCGUGGCUAGAGACUGUUCCCGGGAUGGUUGCCGAGCCCAGUGUCGUUGCAGAUGUUGCCCAGGUCUUCACGAAGAAGAUGAAUCGAUUCUUCGUAUAUGAAGAAUACGGCGCAAAGUACGAGAUGAUGAUGAAGGACAUUGCGUCGGCUCAUCGAACCAUGCCGCAAUGGGAGCUGUAUCAGAAGGGGCUGGAGACACUGGCAUCCACACUUGGCCCAAACAGCAAACAUGGGAUCGAGUCAAAGAAGUCCUUGACCAUCGGAGAUCUUCUCGUGAAGGAACUCGAUGCUGCAUCCAAGAACCGCAUCCGCUCGUUUGGCCAUAUAGAACUUUGUGGUGCACUACAUGCCUGCUGGCAGUCAAAGGAUGGAAUUCAUGGGCAGUAUAUGGUGGCUAUGCUUUACAAGGACUGGUUCUGUCUUGCUUCGGCGAGCCGGGUCGACCAGGUUUACACACUGCAAGUCUGUAUACCAACAAGUAACAUCAAAAUCGAAGCAGCGGACAAUGGACGAGGUACCAUUGCGCGCAGGCUAUCCAUACAAAGAGCAACAACUGUCGGACCGAAAACGCCGCUUUACCAUGUCGUUGUAAGAAACACGAGCGUCGAGAAAGAAGCUCUGUCUUCGUCCAACAUGAACAUCAGCCGAACACAGUCUCUCCUUGCUACUAAGGGUCGAAUACCGGUGCUGGCACCAUCACGAGGAGACAGAGCCAGGCUGGAGGCCCUGCUCUCGGAUGUAUGGACUCGAGAGGUCCUCCCGUUUCCUGGCAUGACUACUCGAGCUCGCAAUGAACACAUUAUCCGCACCUCGGCGCAAUCUAUGAUGCGAAAGCUGAGUGUUACGAGCAUCACAAGUACUUUUACUAAGCGCUCGGCCAGCUUCGCCAGUAUCACUAGAAAUAGCGACGAUGAGUCUGUUGAAGAGGAGGUACUCGCUCCAGCCAUCAACAUGAGAGACAAUGCCCCGUCUAUUCGAAUGCAGAUUGGUGAGGAGGGUAGUAAAAUAGCGCGCUUAUCCGUCAUCGAUGACGAGUCGGCGCCUUCAACAGUUCGAGCCCGCUACGAGCCUCCUCGCACUGCGGACAGUGCUGAGAGCAAGAGGAGCCCGCAACGCCGAACGCGCAUCCCCAGGAGCCCGAGUGCGUGGCAGCUUAGGGAGCUUGCGCUGGCUAAGACGCCGUCGGCCCCGGCUGCCCUUCACGCCAGGUCCGUCAACAGCCCAGGGCUAAAACGCCAGGCUUCCAUAUUGUCACGGAGAUCGGUCUGUUCAGCAUUUGACAAAAGUGAUGGCUUCGGCAAGAACACAAGGAAGAGAAGGGCAUACGAGCAGUCGGAGCCUCCAUUGCCCUCAGAAGGGUCGACGCCGUCUCCGCAGACGCAGCAUUCGUCUGCCAAGUGGUCCAAGGUGGAUAUGCUACGCCGGGGUGCUGUGGCUCAGGGGAUCCGAGGCUUCUUUCGAUAG